GAGGCUCAGCCAGCAUCGGUCCUCUCGUAGGCGCUGAACGAGUCUCGCUUCACUCCAGCUGCUCCUCCAGAUUCAACAUGCAACUCAACGCGCAAGAGUCGUGCCAUUCCUUCUUCCUGCUCUGCCUCCUCCUGAGGAGCUGCCAGGCCUUCAAGAACGACGCCACGGAGAUGCUCUUCUCGCAUGUCAGCGCGCCGGUACCGGACGUCCAGAGCAACGUGUCCCUGAACCGGGCGCGGACCGGCGGCAGAGGAGCGGCGGGCAGCGCGACGCACGACAGAGGCGAGCGAAGUCAAAUCGGCUGCAGAGAGCUGAGGUCCACUAAGUAUAUCUCUGACGGCCACUGCACCAGCAUCAACCCCAUCAAGGAGCUGGUGUGUGCAGGCGAGUGUCUCCCGGCUCAGAUGCUGGAGAACUGGAUCGGCGGAGCCCACGGCAGGAAGUUCUGGGGUCGCCGGAGCGACAACCAGGACUGGCGGUGCGUCAACGACAAGACCCGCACCCAGCGCAUCCAGCUGCAGUGCCAGGACGGCAGCACGAGAACGUACAAGAUCACCGUGGUCACCUCCUGCAAGUGCAAGAGGUACUCGAGGCAGCACAACGAGUCGGGCAACAAGUUCGAGGAGCCGGUUCUGUCUCCGCCGCAGCUGCUGCACAAACACAAGUCCAAGAGCAAGAGGAGGCUGGGGAAGAACCGGCUGAGCGAGAACUGGCACGAGACUGAACCCUGAGAGCAGAUGGACUUUUAGACCGACUCUAAACCUUCAGGAGUUUUGUGUCUGUGAUAUUAAGACACAACAUCCAGAGGUUGCAGUUGUGGAUUAUCUCUGUGUGACUGAUUUAUGUGAAGCUAGUUCCUCACUAUGAUGGAGAACUCCAAAGGGGCACGCUGAGGACUCGCCUAGACGUUUUAAUCCAUGUGGUUGAAGAUAAUGUGAACAAGACUGAGCUUUCUGGAGCCGAGAGCCGAAACACACAUUAUCCCAGCUGUCACCCCGUGCAUGCGUUCCUAUAAUCUUGUUAUAUGCAGACAGAGAUCUGUAGCCAGCAAGGCACCAACACCAGUAACUGACACACGACAUAUUAAAGAAAAACUCCCGUGUAAAUAUUUGUACAUAUAUCAAAUUCUUUCUUGCCUUUUGAAGUAUGGCCAUGUGUAUAAAAUUUUACUAUGUAAGAUUUAUGAUGUAUGUAUGAUGUAAUAUAUUUUCUGUGGCAAUAUAAUUGAUAAUUUUUUUUGCUUUACUGACCUCAUCAUGUGGGUGAAAAAGUCUGGAAAAGCUUUGUCAUUGAUCAUCCUUGUAAUAAUUGUGUAUGAAAUAAAUAUCACUUUUUUUUUA